AUGGUGCCUCUGACAAGUAGGCAAGCGUACACCGUUGACACCGAUGUUAAUUACCUGAGCACCACUGCGCCUCCUGCAGCUGCCGAGUGGUCCUCGUUGCUGCGACCGUUGCGUGGUCGUGAACCGGAAGGGAUGUGGAACUUGCUGUCAAUCGUGCGUGAGAUGUUCAAGAGGACCGAUCGCAACGCUAUACCAUUGUUGGAGAUCAUCACAGAGGAGUGCAUGGCCUGCGAGCAGAUCCUCGUCUGGUGGUUCAACACUAAGGUAGCUUUGUUGAACGGGACCGGAUACGGUGGUAAGCACAACAUGAACAGCAACGUGCACGCCUCGCAGCACGCCUGUUCCUCCCUCUUGAAUCCUGGAUUAUCGCCUGAUGAACGGGAGAUGCUUCAUGGCCAGUUUACUGCCUGGCAUAUGAAGGUCAUCGAUAAGGUGAUGAAAAGUCGAGUGAGCUCAGUGACGCACAACUCACACAACUCACACAACAGGAACAACAGUGGUGGUCACAAGGAUUCAUUGAAGAACGAUGUGGCCGUGUUCACCGGCUUCAAAUCGGCGCUCGAGGCAUGCUAUCUGGAUUGGGAGGAGUACACCUUGCCGGGUAUAACAUACACCGCCGGAAGCAAUCCCAUGUAUCAUUGUCCAUUCACGUGCUUCCGGCAUGUUGGCGAUACCAGGACCGAGGUGAACCAGGUCAAUUCGAGUGCAGCCGUUUUAAAUUGUCAGCCGCCCAUUUCCCAUCAUCAUGGUCGAAGACCUCUGAGCUUAGGCUUGGUAGCGUUUAGUUACAUGGACAGAAGACGACUGAACCCGCGAGAGUGUUCAGGAUUGUGUUCACGAAGCGGCGGCGGCGGCGACGGGAAUCGAAGCAGCGUCAGCUCCGAAGGUUUCUGCGAGAACGAGACCGACAUACCUGAUAUUUCCGAGCCCCAAGUAGUUCUCGUUAGACGAUCUUGCACUCAUUUAAAUAGUUGCGGGGACACAGACUCGCAGGAGGGUGGUGGCAGCGAAUCGUCCUCUAAUAGUAACGUCAGUCUGAAGAACGCUCAAGGCUCGGACAAGCACCGCUCAAACGCAUCGUCCGAGACCCAUAGUGAUAGUAGUGAUAGUAGUAAUAACAAAGCUGCCUGCGACGCGAAGUGCAGCAGGACGAAUCUCGACUACCGAGCGAAAUCGCGAACGGUGUUGCCUAAAGGGAACAGUUCCAAAAACGAACAAGAAUCCGACCAGGAGAAGGAUCCUUCCAGAAGGCCCUCCAAGGACGAGAGUUCUUCUUCGAGUAGCGACAGUCCGUCUGGUGACGAGUAUCACGUUUAUUAUUAUGAUCCUAAAGCAGUUGUAAACACGAAUGGUGCCUCUAGCAAGGACUCCAAAAACGAAUCGCAAUCUACGUCCACUGCAAACGCGAGUACAGUGUUGGGUAAUCUAAUGAAGACCGAAGAUCCGUGGGACAUCUUGUUCGCUAGGGCCGAGGGACUCUAUGCCCAUGGUCACACUAGGGAAGCCUGUAUCUUGGGUGUUCAACUUGGCGAGGAACUACUGGCUAAUCCUCCAAACCUCAUGAUCGACGAACCUCCGGCGCCAGUGAAGAGGAAAAGGAAGAAGCAGCAAGUCAAUUCGGUGUCCCAUCAACUCACAUCCCUUGCAUCUGCUACGUUGGCCAAGUGUUGCUUCUUAUGCACGGUCCUUGCGGAAAACCCGGAAUACUACAAUCUGGCGUUUAGAGUUGGCUUGUUUGGAUUGAAAAUGGCUAGACCACCAGCUAACACGAAACCAUUGGAGGUAAAGUUGGCUCAUCAAGAGAGCGAACUGGUUGGCCUAUUGAAGAAGAUCCCACUUGGUCCAGCGGAACUGGCCAUGGUUAGACAGAGAGCAGAGCAACUCAGAGACGGACAACUGAGGUCCAGAGGUCAUGCACUGCUACCGAUUAUGUUGGCUAGUUUCAUAUUCGACGCCCUUAAUACGUUAAGAGUAAAACAACUGUCUUCAGAAGCUGACGAGAACCUUGGAUUCGAUGCUGCUGUGGCUGCCCUGGGCUUAAAGGCAAACGUGAGCGAGGCUGAUCAUCCUCUUCUUUGCGAAGGAACUAGACGCCAGAGAGGAGAUUUGGCUAUUACGCUGCUUGUCCACUACAAGGAUGAGCCUACGAAGGUGGCUAGAAUUAUGGAUAAAUUAUUGGAUCGAGAUGUUCAUCAGUUGAUCAAGUCGCCAAUUCUAAGUAGUUACUACACCUCUAAUCCUCCGACUAAGAGCGAGAUGACAAGAUAUCUACAUGACGAAGAAUGCUCUUCUCCUCUUGCUGGAACAGAUGCUGGAAAUGGCGAUAGCGUCGUUGGUACAAGCAGUAGACCACAUAGCAGCACCAGUGCGGAAUUGGAAACUGGUAUGAGUACAUUCACAGUUCAACCGCAAAUCGUCCAACAACCGGUGCCUACUCGAACUAAGGAAAUAAGGUAUAAAAGCAAGAGAGUAUAUCCAUCACUCCCUAACCAGCCAUCGGAAGCGAGUACAUAUUUCAUGUGUGAAUUGGCAAAGACUGUUCUCACAAAAGCUGGAGGCAGUAGUUCUACCUCUCUGUUUACACAAGCCUCCACAAGUCAGAAUCAUCAUGGACCACAUAGAGCUCUACACAUGUGCGCCUUUCAACUUGGUCUAUAUGCUCUCGGGCUUCAUAAUUGCGUUACUCCUAAUUGGCUCAGUCGCACCUAUUCAAGUCACGUGUCCUGGAUCACUGGACAAGCGAUGGAAAUCGGAGCACCAGCUAUUUCAUUUCUUAUUGAAAGUUGGGAAGGACAUUUGACACCACCUGAGGCUGUUGGUAUAGCCGACAAGUCAUCUAGAGGUAGUGAUCCUAACAUGGUUCGAGCAGCUGCAGAACUUGCUUUAUCUUGUUUGCCACACGCUCACGCGCUCAAUCCUAAUGAAGUACAGAGAGCCAUUUUGCAGUGUAAGGAACAAAGCGAUUUAAUGUUGGAGAAGGCUUGUGUCACAGUGGAAAACAUAGCAAAGAGAGGUGACGUUUAUCCUGAAGUACUAUUUCAAGUAGCCAAGUAUUGGUAUGAGCUGUACCUCAGGCACACGCCUGGUGGAGAACAGCAGGACGACAUGCCACACGUUUCUUUACAGUUGGAUCUCAAUGGAGUUCUUCCAAUGGAACCCAAUCCUUCGGUAGACAUGUCUAAUGGGCAGAUGAUGCCUGGUCCAACUCAAGCAGUUGUUGUGACCAGCACUCAACCACCCCCUCAACCAUAUCCAACGCAUCCAGCUACAACAACGUUAGCACCAUUAGGAGUUAUGCCAUAUGCAGUGGGUCCUUACAGUUUUAUGCAUCAUCAUCACUCGAUUCCAACGUUUGGUGGACCGAUGCCAUCACAUAGGUUAACUCUACCACCAGCACCACCGCAUAUACAAAUGUAUCAUGCGGCAUAUCCGCCUCAUCCGGGUCAUCCGCAGCAUCCCCAACAUCCACAGCACCCGCAACAUCCACAGCACCCGCAACAUCCACAGCACCCGCAACAUCCGCAGCAUCCACAGCAUCCACAGCAUCCACAGCAUCCACAGCAUCCACAACAUCCACAACAUCCGCAACACCCACAGCAUCCACAACAUCCACAGCAUCCGCAACAUCCUCAUCAUCCAUCACAACCCACGCAACAAUCAUCGCUGCCGCAAUACUACACAUCACAACCUCCACCACCACCAGGAACUCAUCAUUUGUUCACCAUGCAACAGCCUAUACCAGUUAAUGUUCAAGCGGGAGUGACAGGACCCAUUCCUGGCCAGAACAGUAUACCUGGGUCUGCCUUAGUUCAAGCGCAACCAAUAAUAUCCACUGUAAGAACUCAGCCACAGGUUCAUAGACAAACUCAGCCUUUCAGUCAGAUGCAAUUUCGAGCUCUGGUAGCAGCAUACCGUGUAGGAAUGUUAGCAUUGGAGACCCUAGCUCGUCGUGUGCACGAUGACAGACCUCAAACAAAAUAUGCGCGAAAUCCACCAUACGGAGAAGACGUAAAAUGGUUACUGAGAGUGUCGAAACGGCUUGGCACGCAAUAUUUUCAUCAACUUUGCAUCUGUACAGUGAACAGCAUCACCAGUCCGUUCGUACUUCACGAUGUUGCGUUGGAAGCGGCACUCUACAUGGCUAGAAAUAACCUGGCUCUUGUACUUCAACACUUGAGAUCUGCUCUUUUGGCACCCCUUGUCCACAAAUGUCAACAAAUGUACAUUCAGUGCAUGCAUCAGAAGUUAUAUCAUUUGAUGCCAGUCGAGUAUGAAGACUUUGUCAACGUUGUGUGCGCAGCAAGAGCAGCGUUCCACAUCACUCCAGAUGGUCCUGUUCAAUUUAAGGAGCGACUUCAAUCUAUUAAGAGAUCUCAAUCCUGUUCCAAAGAACUGUGGGGACUAAUCAACGCAGGACUACAGCAGAACGGGAAAUGACACAUAGCAGAGCCAGACAUGAUGUGGCUCACCUCCCUUCCUCAUUCUCUACCACCACGACCACCACCACCACCACCACCAGCAUAUCCAUUGAGGUCGACCUUGCUUCAGGACCAGCAUCCCUGUCCUUCGAGAAGCCGGAAUAGGGUCUCCAUAACGCGCUUUCUUCGAGAGAUUCCACUGCUUCGGUCGGCAGUGGAAUCGAUCUUAAGCGAGAGUAUACUAUAAUCGCUUUUCAUCUUCAUCCCUUUCAAAGAAGAGAAGUAGAUCGAUACCACUGAACGGAAAUAUAUAACUUUCUGACUUUGAUUAAUGUGUUUGAUAGGUUGAACGAGAGAAAG